GGAACAGUUUAAACAAAGAAAAAGCCUUUUCGUCUCGUCAUCCUCCCUCGUUUUUCAGCCGUCGGGGCCGGGGGGGUUCCAGACUCCCGUCGGGCAUCAUUUUGUCCUGAGCAUCUCACGAGUUUCCUCUCGUCGCUCUGACCUAUUCUCUCCCCUUCGAUCCCUGCUGACUUCCUUAUCGUAUCCAGAGUCGUAUGCAGUUUAUCUCUCUCUUUGGGUCAACUCAAAUGAGUUGGUGCGUCGGGUCUUUAAAAAACUGGCUUUCAUGUGCCGACCUAGAUUUCGCAGUCUGUGCUGUUUGAACCAAGAUACUCCUGCUACAGGAUCUCUUUGCGGCACUCUCCUGCCGGACCUCCAAGACCUGCCACAUGCUACGUCUCAGCACUUCAACAAAAGUCAUCAGCGGACAUACGCAACAGUCACCAACUGAGCUCAUUCCAUCGCUGCAAAAGCCGUUGCUCAACGUCAUGCCCGGUAUCUCCUCCGCGGUCGUAUAUGACAACAUUGCACCUGUCAACCCAGCAAUGGACGGGAUCAUGUGCAGCGCAGGUCAUCCGAACGAUUUCUAUGAAUUGGAAGAUGGUGGAAAUGACUUUCAAGUUUUCUGGGUGGCUGGUAAUAAUGGAAAGAUGGACGGCCAGAACAUGAUCGGUUUUGCAGAUGGUUCUGCUGUGGGGUAUGAAUAUGAGUAUCCACGUCCAACAGACUCAGUGUUGCAGGAUGGCAUGGAUGAAACAAACAGCACGAUGAAUCUUGCACCGAAAAUCGGCCUCGAUAAUGUGCAUGAUGGCGAGAGUCAGAUAUAUCAUCUGCCACCUGAUUCCUCUCCGUGGACCUCAGUACCUCAACAUUCUGCGACGCAUGAUGGAUGCAGCAACACUCCCGCACCCUCCACACCGACGUUAUUUUCGCCCCUUUCCGAUCUCCAGUUCCCUUUCGCUGCCGUCCAGCACUUUUCACUCUCACCAUCGCUGGAUCCCACCAUCUCCAUUAUCAAGCACUCAAAUACGCCUCAUCAUGGGGCUAGCCCCACCAAUACUUCCCUGGCGCUCCGAAGAAGCACCCGCCGACGCAAACCUCCAAGCCAAUCGUCAUCCAACUCUCCGCGCUUCAGAUGUCCUAUUUUAUCUUGCUCCAAAACUUUCUCCCGCCGUUUUAACUUAACCGCCCACCUCCGCACUCAUGAUCCGCAACGACCACGUCCCUUCAAUUGUGAUCAAUGCCCUAGCACAUUUGUCCGCGCUCACGAUUUGCUACGACAUGCCAGCGUUCACAGCAACAACAAACCUUAUUCUUGCCCUAUAUGUGAGACAAGGUUCACAAGAAUGGAUGCACUUAGGCGUCACGAAAAGAUGGCAAAGUGUGCCUCGGGAACGAAGCGAAAAGAUAGCGCGGUGGGAUUAUGUGAGGAAUUCGAGGUGAAAGAAGAGGAGGAUUUCCCUACCUGAAUUAUCAAGGAUUGGUUCUUACUACACGAAAAUCUCGAUCGAGUCAAGUUGAACGUCAAGGAUCUUGUGCAAGGCUCUUGUAUUGUCAGCAAGUGUCUCAAAUGUCUAUGCGCUUUCAAAAUCGUUCAAGUUGUUGGUCAAGUGGAUUGUAAAGUACUUUGAUCAAAAUAGCAUGAGAUAGUCGUCCGAA